CAGUCGUUUAGUUCGUCUACUGCCUUAAAAACCAUCGUGCACGUAUAUUUUUCGCUCUGAAAAUUGUUGUGAGUUUAAGUGUUUAAACAUGGCUGGAUCAAUCGAAGACAACGCUGCGUUAUACAAAAAGAAGACCUUCGCUUAUGUACAACCUACACCACCUGCUGAACUCAUCGAAUCCACAACCUACACGCUCGACUUUACGAACCGUAAGUUUGUACACAUUGGUAUUGACCCUACUGAACAUUUUCAAGUCGCCAUCCAUUUAUUAACAUCGUCUCGCCAUGUUAAUAUAUCGCCGGAUUUUCUUAAACGUAUAUUCUCUAUGAUGGGGCAUAUCUUAUCAUUCAUAUUAGAUACACCUCAGAAGUGCAAGCGCUUUAUAUUUUUUGAGACGGAAUCUCAUAAAAUAUCUAGUAUGGUGUAUGGCGGAGAAAAUGUGUUGGUGAUAGAAUCAAAAACUCAUAAAGGAUGUCGAGUAUUGCUAAAUCGUGCGGACCUUAUUAGCCUUCAAUAUCUGGAAUGGUGCAUAUUUGAAACGGUUACACGAAAAUCAACUAUAACACAACCAGUUGUCUUAAAACAAUUUGAUAUGUUUUCAAACUAUAUCAAUGUCGAAUUUCACAAAUUAAAUUCACCGCCGAAAACAACUGCAGAAAUGAUUACAUUCGUCAAAAAUUUACACGAUGAUACUAUAAUUUCGAAUAUGCCUAAAAAUGACGUCAAUCACAUCAGUCAAAUCAAAAUGUAUGCUUCAACACAAUUAGUCAAACAUUGGGAGAAAUGCUUCAUAAGACCAAUGUCGCCAGAGUUAUUGAUUUCACCGUUGUCGCCGCCAACACCGUUAUCACCACCACCACAUUUUUAUUGUAUAGGGAGCUGACGAGGAAAGAGGUUACAGAGAAUUUUCAGCCGGAAUUCCUUCACCAGUGGGUCUCGUAGUCGAUAAGAACGAUAAGCCGAUGAUUUUCAACCACUCAUCAACACCCCAGCCAUCAACGAAAAAAC